AUGUCCAAGGACCUUCUCAAGGGCCAGGGAAAAGACAAGUUUGCUCGUGGAGAAGUGAAUGAAGCCGUGACAUGCUGGCUGCAGGCUUUGGACUCCAUUCCUCCGCCACCUGCUGGGACGCGAGGUCUGCUCGGCAUUCUCCAGGGCGCAGCAAAGCCAGAGGAGGAUGAGAAAGAGGAUGGCCGCGUACUGAAAAUGCGCGUGGCGUUGCUCCUGAACCUCGCCUUGGCACACAUGAGGCUGAAGAAGUUUCGACAAGCCGUUGGGUUUUGCGACGAGGCGUUGUUCGACGAGCCCGGCAACGUGAAGGCCUUGUACCGCAAAGCCGACGCACUUGGAGAGCUGUGCGAUUGGCACGAAGCAGAAGAGGCGGCUGCCAAGCUCCAGGCGUCUGGUGAAGAAGGUGCAAAGCUGGCGGCACAACAGAGAGAGGAGUGGAGAAGGCGCCGACGCCAAGCUGAUGGCAAGCAGAAGAAGAUGUGGUCUGCUGCGCUUGACAAGGACAAAUCCACCCCUCAGCCGCCGGAAGAGGUGAAGCUGCCGACCAAGCAGAAAGCCGAGGUGGCAAGCGCCUCGGGGGACCGGAACCUGAGAAAGAAGACCCCCUUUAUUGACCCCGGCUCCAGAGGAGGAAGCCUGGUCUACUCCAAAGAUUCAGACGAUGAGCCCUUUCGACCUGCUGCCGACUGA